GACUCGAAUAAACGGAGGAAAAAAGAAGGCAAAGUUUUACUCUUUGCCACUUUACUCAUCUCUCUGCCAACGCUAUCAUGAUCUUCGUAGCUGGAGCUCCUUUAUGUACAGAUUCUUCUUCUUCAUGUUCCCAGGGACAUGACAUCCUGACGGAUUUGAUGAAGCAUCCUGUUCUGGUAUCUGCAUCGUCUUCAUUUAAUGACGUUUCAGAAAGGAAAUUCUCUGUCUGUAAAGAUUCUAGUCCUGGUAUAUCAAGACAUAAUAGAUGGGUUUACAUUUUCCAGAGAGAAUAUGCAACGGUGGAUCCUGCACUUGUCGAUGUGGUUGGGACGGAUGAGGCAACAACUUGCGUAGGCCUUGUCAUAAGGAACCAAAACAGUGGAAUGACAUCUGUUGCUCACUUGGAUUCACCAGAUGUUGUUGAUAUUGGCCUGGCACAGAUGUUGGCUUUUGUUGUCAAUCAAAGCUCUGAUGUCAUGUUGGAUGUUCAUCUUAUUGGUGGUUUUGAUGAUGCCGCGCCUGAACAUGUUAAUGGUAGUAGAGAAAGUCAGGGAAAGUUGGAGGGCUAUUCCUUUCCUUUGUGUAAGAAAAUAGUUGACAGCCUGGCAAAGAGUAAUAUGAAGUUUCAAAUUCACACACUCCAUGUUCUUGGGCAUAAUACAAGACGAGAUUCUGAAGGAAUUGCAUACCCCAUCUUCACUGGUUUCCUGGUGGAAACUGCCACUGGGUCUAUUAUCCCGGCAAACUUUGAUGCAACAACAAGAUGUCCCGACGAGGUUGUUAGGAGAAUACGAGUGACUGCAUCUUUUGAGGACCCAAGUUGGAAAGGAAGAUUACUUGAGACAUAUGAUACUCAGACUGAUCAAUUCGUGAUUGCUCCAUGCACUUGGGGCAUGCACAAAAUGCAUAUUGCCUUCAUGCUACAGAAUUUAACUGACCAGGAAAUCCUUCUUACAUGUUCCACCUCUCCUUCUGCUGAGGCUCCAGAUUUCGUGGAUAACCAAAGAAGGCAGUGGGGCUAUUUAAUCCAACACCCAGAUUGGAGUGAAACAUUCCCUUUCAAAAAGCCACGUAUAUUUCAAAGGACAGAAGAUAAGAGUUGGGUGAGGCACCAAGCAAAAUCUAGCAGCUCAUCUUAUCCAUAUGCUGAUUAAGGCUGUUUCGUUCAAGGGACUAGCUUGGGGAAAAGGGAAGUUGGCGCGUGAUUUAUGGUUAAAUCAGUUUGUCUGAAUCGCCUUGUUUCUGUGGAGAAGUGCAGGAGUCAGAACACACCUUUUAAACGUUGUGUUGAUCAAUAAAAGCUUGAAAAAUGAUGAGGCAAAUCCUUUAUUAGAUUAGCCUAGGACAUUGCUUGACAGGAUACUUGUGUUCACAUGUUACAUUGAUGAGCCAAAACUUGAAAUGAUUGACAAUUUUUUCUGUCUUAUUAUUUGUUCGAUACAAUAAUUGAUUUUCAGAUAGUA